AUGGCGGACGACUUGGACUUCGAUGCAGUCGAGCAGCUCUUGGACAACGCGGAGCGAGCGGCCAAUGCGGACUAUGAUGACGACCGGCGCAAAGACAAGAAGCGACGCUCCAGGACCCGAUCGCGCUCCGCGCGCCGGGGCCGCAGCCGCAGCCGGAGCCGAGAAGCAAGGCGUUUGGAGAAGGAACGCGAGCUGGAGGAGAAGCGGCGCCAAGAGGAAGAAGAGGAGCGUCGGCGACAGAUCGAGGAUGCUACCCGCGGUGAUCGUACGGUGAUGAUUGUGUGCCUGCACCACAAGGCUGAUGAGCGUGAUGUCUACGAGUUCUUCUCCAAGAAUGCGGGCAAGGUCCGUGAUGUGCAGAUUAUCCGAGAUGCACGUACAGGUCGUUCAAAGGGUUUGGCCUAUGUGGAGUUCUACUUGCAAGAAGCGACGCUGAAAGCCUUGGCGCUCAGUGGCCAGCCGGUCAAGGGCCAGGCGGUGCGUGUCCAGCCGAGUCAGUCGGAGAAGAACCGAGCGGCGCAGGCCGCCAAAGCAUCCAUCCAUUACACAGCACCCAGAGAGACACCGCUGCGCUUGUACGUGGGUGGCCUGACCGACUCUUUGGCAAACAUCUCAGAGGAAGAGCUGAAGAAGUUGUUCUCGCCCUUCGGUGAGAUUGAGUUCAUUGACCUUCACAGGGAUCCCUACACGAACAAGUGCAAGGGCUUCGCCUUCGUCCAGUUCAAGAACGCCUCGGAGGCCCGCGAAGCCAUGACGGCCAUGAAUGGCUUCCAGCUGGCAGGCAAAGAGCUCAAGGUGGGUAUUGCCACCAGCGACAUGCAGCUCGGUGAGGGCGGUCAGCCAGCAAACCUGGCAAUCGGCGAGAACCUCCACGAGGAUGCCAGCACAAUGGGACCGAAUGCUCAGCCGGGUAUGUUGAAGGACGCCAACGAUCGCUUGGCGCUGAUGCAAAAGUUGCAGCGCGAUCCUCUCCAAGGUGGAACUACUGCCGACCAUGGCUUCUUCGCAAUGGAGGGCUCUGCAACCUUCUCCUGCGAUCCCUGGGGCAUCUUCGCCGGGGGGGGUGGCCUUAAGGGCCACGGCAGCGGAGGCUUGACACGUGUCCUGCAGGGAGGCGAAGUCAUUGAAAAAGGCGCUUGCAGCUUGACCAUCAUUCGAGGAGGUGUCUUGUCUGCUGAACGGGCUAAGACCAUCAGCGCGCGCCAGGAAGGCCUCCUGGUGCAAGCUGGGGAUGCUUAUGCUGCGGCGGCGCUGAGUAUGGUGCUCCACACGGUGAGCCCUUGGAUCCCGACCUUCCGCUCUGAUGUCCGGAUCUUUUGCGUGACCGCUGCGAACGGCCAAGAGAGCGCCUGGCUGGGCGGCGGCGCAGACCUCACGCCCUACUACCUCACAGAGGAAGAUGUCAGAUACUUCCACGGAGUCUACAAGAACUUGUGCAACACAGCUCUUGAAGGAAUCCCCAACUUCUGCUAUACCUCGAUGAAGCAGGCAUGUGAUGAGUAUUUCUACUUGCCCGCUCGCCAAGAACACCGUGGGACUGGGGGAAUUUUCUUUGAUGACCUGCCUGUAGAUGAGGAGAGCCUUGGCUUCGUGGAGGGUGUCGUGGAGUCCUGGAUGCCUUCUUGGCUUCCCAUCGUGACCAAGAGGCGAGGUGAAGCAUACACUGAGAAGCAGAAGCAUUGGCAGCUGCUGAGGCGCGGGAGAUAUUUGGAGUUCAAUCUCUUAUACGACCGUGGAGUGAAGUUCGGUCUGGCAAAUGCCAACCCGCGGGUGGAGGGCGUCAUGGUCUCAGCGCCACCAAAGAUUGCCUUUGAAUACAAUCACAAGGUGGAGGAAGGCAGCGCAGAAGAGGCCUUGAUGAAGGUACUUCACGGCAUGUUCAAUCCAUCGCAAGUGAACUUGGCGGCCGACCCGGAGUUCUUCAACGAUAUCCAUGCAGAUGUCGAGCAGGAGUGCCGCAAAUAUGGCUCCGUGAUCAAGGUCUUUGCCGAUCAGGGCAGCAGCAAAGGAGACGUGUGGGUGAAGUUUGUGGAUGCUACCAGCGCGGCCAAUUGCCAGCGAGCAUUGGACAGGCGUUGGUUCGCCGGUCAGCAGAUUAUUGCAGAGUUCAGCACCGAAGCGGCUUGGGCUGGCGUGGUGCGAUGA